AUAUUUGUGUGUGAGGUCAGAGAUUAUCUUCUCACCCCCCCACUCACAUCCUUCUCUCCUUUCUCUUUCUUUCACUGAGAUUUGUCAUCAUAUAUAUUCAUUCUCAUUGGAUCUUAUUUCUGAACACUGAAAUCCUUUUGCUUGUGCUUGGUGUACUAAUCUGUCCCGAAUAUCUUGGAAACUUAUUGACAUUUAGUCAGUUGACAGAUUUUGAAAACUAGAAAGCGAAAAUGAAGCAAAAGGAUGAUAAUAAGCAUGAUAAGCCCGCGAGGCCAAAUGAUAAAAGUUCAAAGGUUGUGCCAAUGGGGAUUAUGUUUGUUGUUUUAUGCGGGUUUUCGUUUUAUCUUGGUGGGAUCUUUUGUUCUAACAACAAUGGAUUCAUGGGUACUGGGGAAGUUGUGAAAUCAGUUGAAUCUCCCCAAAAGACCGCUUCUACUCCGGUGCAAGUGAAAUCUGUUUCGUUCCCGCAAUGCAGUGCUGAUAUGCAAGACUACACGCCCUGCACGGAUCCUAAGAGAUGGAUGAAAUACGGACGACACAGGCUUACAUUCAUGGAACGUCACUGUCCACCAGCUUUUGAUAGAAAAGAGUGCCUGGUGCCACCUCCUGAUGGCUACAAGGAGCCAAUCAGAUGGCCAAAGAGCAAAAACGAAUGUUGGUACAGGAACGUCCCAUAUGACUGGAUCAACAAACAAAAAUCUAACCAGCAUUGGUUAAGGAAAGAAGGGGAGAAAUUUUACUUCCCUGGUGGUGGUACUAUGUUUCCUAAUGGCGUUAGCGCUUAUGUUGAUCUAAUGCAAAAUUUGAUUCCGGGAAUGAAAGAUGGCACUGUUCGUACUGCCAUUGAUACUGGUUGUGGGGUUGCUAGUUGGGGAGGUGACUUGCUUGAUCGUGGAAUUCUUACCGUUUCUCUAGCUCCUAGAGAUAACCACGAGGCGCAAGUUCAGUUUGCAUUAGAACGUGGAAUUCCUGCCAUUCUUGGAAUCAUAUCAACUCAACGUCUUCCAUUCCCUUCAAAUUCAUUUGAUAUGGCUCAUUGCUCCAGAUGCCUUAUCCCAUGGACUGAAUUCGGUGGAAUUUACCUUCUUGAAGUACACAGAAUCCUUCGUCCAGGUGGCUUUUGGGUCCUAUCUGGCCCUCCAGUAAACUAUGAGAACCGUUGGAGAGGGUGGAACACAACAGUCGAAGAACAAAAAUCUGACUACGAGAAGUUACAAGAACUUCUAACUUCAAUGUGCUUUAAGUUAUACAACAAGAAAGACGAUAUUGCUGUGUGGCAAAAGUCCUCAGACAACAGCUGCUAUAAACAGCUUGAUACUCCUGACAACUACCCACCAAAAUGUGAUGAUGGAACCGAGUCUGAUUCAGGCUGGUAUACCCCAUUGAGACCUUGUGUUGUGGUCCCAGACCCGAAAAACAAGAAAUCUAGCUUAAAGUCAAUUGCAAAAUGGCCCGAAAGGUUGCAUGUGGCUCCAGAACGGGUAGCUGAUGUUCGUGGUGGAAGUGAUGGUGCAUUUAAACACGAUGAUACAAAGUGGAAGAGUAGAGUGAAGCACUACAAAAAGCUGCUUCCGGCUCUUGGAACCAACAAAAUCAGAAAUGUUAUGGAUAUGAAUACAAUUUAUGGUGGUUUCGCUGCAGCUUUAGUUGAGGAUCCACUUUGGGUUAUGAAUGUCGUCUCUUCAUAUGCCCCCAAUACACUUCCGGUGGUAUUUGAUAGGGGUCUCAUCGGAACUUUCCAAGAUUGGUGUGAAGCGUUCUCAACAUAUCCUAGAACAUAUGAUCUUCUUCAUGUGGAUGGCCUUUUCACAACCGAAAGCCAUAGGUGUGAGAUAAAACAUGUACUAUUGGAAAUGGACCGAAUAUUAAGACCAAACGGAUAUGCUAUCAUUAGAGAAUCGAGCUAUUAUGUAGAUGCAAUUGCCACAUUAGCUAAGGGAAUGAAAUGGGGUUGUCGAAAAGAAGCCACAGAGUACGAUAUAGAGACCGAGAAGGUUUUGAUUUGCCAGAAGAAACUUUGGUACUCAAAGCAGAGUUCAUAGUAGUCCAAAAAGCGACUUUAUUUUUUCAUCUUAAGAUAAAUUUGAUUUAAUUGCAACGGGCAUACGUAACAAGUGUAAGUUUUCGAUAUCUUGAAACACAAAAAUCAUUUGAUUUUUAUUUUCGAUACGUAUAAUCUUUUGAUGAACAUCAGGAGAAAGAAAUAGUUGCUUAA